GAGGAAGAGUGAGCUUGUCAGUGAGGGAGGGAGAAGCAGAGUGUAAGCAAGACUGUGCCCAGGCACAGACGGCACAGCACACACAGUCCAAGGAGAAAGACAUGGGUGGAGACGCUGAUGGGGUGGAAGAGAAAAAAGGGAGAGAUUGAGAAAGGGAUAAAAGAACGACAUACCAGAGAUUCCCUGGCUGUCAACCCUAGCUAUCGGCCAUUAUCCUCUCCCAUCUGCGUAGAUACAGCACAAACCUCUGGAUUAUUUACCAGCCUCUCUCUCUGUGAGUGUGUGGGUUUGCUGAGCUCACCAUGCUGCUGCUGCGGUGGUGUCCUGCUGGUGUCAGUGUCAGUACUGCAGGCUGGGCAGGGUGGAUCUGGCUGGGGCUGACUCUGACUCUGGAGUGGUCUCUACCAGUCACGGCACUAUCAGAACCAGACCCAGGCUUCUCCCUCUGCAGACAGAGCUUCUACAGACAGACCCCGCCUCUGGGCGGGGGGGCCCUCCUGACCCCCAUCUGUCACAGGCUGCCAGGGGGACAGUUGUUUGCCACGCUCUACCACCCAACGUGUGACGCAGCUGUUUACUCUGCCUUUCAUCUCAGACAAGGAUGGGGUGAGAGAGGAGGAAAGAAGGAGGGGACAGAGAAGGAGGAAGAGGUUGUCAGACGGGAGGAGAAAGAGGACGAAGGGUCCCAGAGUCCCCCCCUGGUGAUGACCCCAGCCCUGCUCCGAGGGGAUGUGGCGGGGGGUAAACCCCAAGCUCACUCUGACUCUCCCCUUCACCAGUGGGACUCCCUGGUCACAGAGCUGAUUAAGAGCAGCGUCCUGCCCCAGUGUGGCUCCACAGGGGGCCAGCUCUAUGUCCUGACAGGGGCCACAGGGCUCAGGCUGGGGCCCGGGAUGGAGGAGGGUGGGGAUGAGGGGUGUGAGGCUGGGGUGCAGUGGUCUGCUGUGUGCUGUGCUGGCCCAGAGGGACAGAGUGGGUUCAGUGUGGGGGUCGUGAGAGAGACAGGGGGAGGGGAGAGGGUGGUGAGUGUUAAGGAGCUGGAACACAUGAUUGGAGUGACAGAUCUAUUUUCAGAGGGUUGCGGGGAAGCAGAUGGGGACACGGAGGGAGACAUAGUGAUACUGCUCAGUGAUGCGAUGGUCGGAGUUGUAGAAAAGCAGAGAGCAGUCGCAAGGCCAGACGCUAUUGAGGAAACACUAGAUGAGACUACUGAUCGAAGCCUAGAGGCACUACCUGCCGACACAGAACCUCUCAUCACUCCUUCAGUGGACAACGAGACACUGGCCUCUGAGUCGGACACAGAGUCGUCCAGCAACCCUCUGGUGUAUAUCAUCACCUCCUCUGUCUCCCUGCUCAUGGCCCCUCUACGCCCUGUAGUCUCCACCCUCAUUGGGAUCCCUGGACAGGUGGCCUUUGUCCUGCAGGAGGACCUGGGGGUCCUGUCUGCCCUGCCAGGUGACAUCCUCUCUGUGUUCUACAACAUGGCGUCUGACCUGGUGUCUGGAGUCGGCUCAGUCACAGGCCUGAUACUUGGUGUGGGGGAGAUGUGCUUCUCCACUCUGUACUGCAUUACAGCCCCUCUUGUUGGCUCCCUGUUCACCAGCUGCCAGAACGGGGUCACAGGGGUGGGCACCCUGGCCUGGGAUGGGGUGGGCAUAUUCAGGGGGAUUGCGGACAGUGCCUGGUGGGUGUCCAGGGUGGUCGGGGACCAGGCGUGGGAGCAGGGUGGGGGGUAUGUGGGGUCGGUGGUGUCUGAGAUGGGAGGGCAGGUGAAGGCAGUGGGUGGGGGAAUGGGGAAGCUAGCGUGGAGGUGUGGGAACGGGGUGGGGAACGUAGUGAGUUUGGCAGGAGGGCUGGUAGUAGGGAGUGCAGAAACGGUUGUGGAGAAUGUGAUGGAGGUCUUUGGGCAGGACCAGAACUGUGGAUGGUUUGGGUCUACAGAGAAUGUUCAUCAAUAACAUUGCAGAUUUUUUGCAAACCUUGAAAAUUGUAUAUCGUGUUCUUAUAAAGUAUGUAAAUGUGCACCAGAUAGCAAGAGAGAAUUGAUGGGUACACCGCAAUGCCAAUGUCUCUAGCUAAGCUGUCUAACAUAAACGCAUAGUUAGGCACACAACACAUUUUCAUAUUUUUUUGCUCCCUAAAGUAGACUACUUCUACUUCUAUUACUUCUUAGUUGUAAAGAAGCAGGAUCCCAAAAGACUAAUGCUGAGAUUAAUGGUAUAUGUGUCAGAAUGUGAAGCAUGGUAGCCCCAUGGCCAUUUGAUCAAUUACAAUAUGGUAUUAUUUUGGGGAAACAUGCUUUUACUGUGUGAGUUCAUAUGGUAAUAGAUGUUAGAAUUUAUGUUACUUUAUGAACUAUGUGCUUGCUUGAUUAAAACGGAUAAUUGAUUGAUCACAUCCA